AUAGAGGCUCGUCGACGUUACCUUCUUUUCGUAGAUUAAGACGUCGACUUUUGUAACUAUUUUAAUGUAGUUAUCGAGUGAUAACAAUAGCGUUUCUACCUUAAGUAACUUGGGCGUAAUUCCUAAGAAGUUCCAGGCUAAGAUGGAGCCACUUGAUCCUACCAACAAUGGUGAAGGCAGUGGAUUCUCCAAGCGGCGCAUUUCCUCUAUUUUAAAAGCGCCACGUAAAUCAAUUAGAUUUACAGAGGCAGAACAACAAGAAAACACGGUGGAAUGUGCCAAGCCAGUGGAGAAGAGGAUUUCAAGGAGAGUCAGUUUUGCCCCAGCAAAUGAUGUUCUUCUAUUCUCAAAGGAUGUGAAAAAUUCUUCUCCUGUCCGAGGUCCUCUCCAGGAGUUGACAACACCCGCUGCGGCCACUACUCAAAAUAGGACCCAGAUGAUGGUCACUGAAGAUGGGCUUCAACAAAUCACAGGAAUGGAAACACUGUUGAAUGCCCCACUACAUGCCUUACAACAACAAAAGGAUAAGGUGAACUUCAAUACUGGAAAUGACUUUGGAGAGAAAACACUGAUGUUUCACACCGAUGAUGCAUUUAUGGACAUGACUAAUUGUCAUACUAUAAACAUUGCCAAUGAUUCAGUGUUUCUUGAAGACACCUUGCACCAAAACAAUGAUGUUCCACCAACUUAUGGAGAGAAAACCUUGAUGUUCUCUGCUGGUGACGGAUCCAUGGACAUGACCUUAAAUCACACUUUGAAUAUGACAUGUAAUCGAGAUUCAUUAACCACUGGCAGAAACAUAGAUUUAAGUGUAGAGAAGAAAAAUAGAUUGUCGGCGGUGCUUGAUUUGGAUCUAGGAUUUAAAAACUUCCUUGCAAAUCUCUCUAAACAAAGCGCCUCCAGCGUCAAUCCUAAGAUUACUGGGAUCUCACCUAUCUCUGGACCCUCACCAGAAGAAACAGGAGCUACAAAUACCUCACUAGCUCACCUUAAAACCCAGAGCGCUGUUCUGGAUAAAGAGAAUCAGGCUCCACCUUCAGUUUCAGCUGUUCGGGACAAAUCACUAAACACCACCAAGAAGUUUGGAGAAUCUUUUAAUCGCAGUGCAGUUGGUCCAGACAACAAUAUGAGCAUGGAUAUAACUGAAGCUCAGACAGGAUGCAUCAUGGGAUUCACUGAUGAAGACAAUCCUUUUCAGUGUCUUUUCCCAACUCAAGAGAUGUAUGCAGAAACUGAAAACAGGUCACAAACAGCUGAUAACCUGAAGACAUCACAACAGGAAACCAGUAAAACACUGGGAUCAUCCACCGUCAGAGCACCUGCCAUUACUGAGAAGAGGAUCCAGAAGGUGAUUGCUGAUGAUUGGAGUCGACAAAUUGCUGAUGAGAAAUCCUUGAUCAAUCCUUCUCUACACACUUCUCAUCAAAGACUUGAGGUCAAUUUAAAUGCAGAAGAUGGAGGCCCAGAGAAAACGAUAGUGUUCUCAGCAGAUGAUAUGUUUAUGGACAUGACUCAAAGUCAAACCGUAAACAUUGCCAGUGUGCCAUUAGCUCCAUCUAGUCAGCAUGUGGACUUGCUGCUCACAUGUGGAAAAAAGGACAAUGCGUCUUCUUUAGAGCAGAGGAAAAGCAUGGUUGGUGGUACCUCAGCAAAUUGUUUGGAUCCAGGAUUUAAAAACCUUUUUACAAGUCUCUCUACACCUGGUGGCCCGAUUGGUAAUCCUGUGAUCACUACCAAGUUCCCUACUGCUGGAUCAUCCUCUGAAAAAAGUGGCAAACCAGACACCUCCUUGUCACAGUUUAAAUCAUCGAAUGUUACAAUCUGUUUUGAAGAGGAUGUAAGCAUGGAUAUGACAGAAGCUCAGACAGGCCACAUUAUGGGAUUCACAGAUACUGAUGAUCCUUUUCAGAGUCUUUUCCCAACACAAGACAUGUAUGAAACACAACAGAAGGACAGUGACACCCUUGGAUCUUCAAAUCGCAAAGGCUUGGAAACAUCUUUCAAGGCAUCUUUGAAAACAAAUACACAAAACCAUCAGGUCAAGUUUGACUCCGAAGAAGACUGCAGAGACAGAACUGUGAGGUUCACUGCAGAAGAUGCAUGUAUGGAUGUGACACAGAACUGCACUGUAAACAUUGCCACUGAUUUUGAACCACAGGCACAAGAAAAACUGAACCUUUUGCCCCCAUUUGGAGAGAAAACCGUAAGAUUCAAUGUAAAUGAUGCAAGUAUGGAUGUGACACGUAGUCACACUGUAAAUAUUGACACUGAUUUUGAACCUCAGGCACAAGAAAAAUUUAACCUUUUACCUGUAUAUGGAGAGAAAACAGUGAGGUUCAAUGCAAAUGAUGCAGCUAUGGAUAUGACCCAGUGCCUCGCUGUAAAUACUGCCAGUAAUUUGGUGAUGUCUUCAUCAUCCUUGAGCACAGCUGUUAACAUGUCCAGCUCCCUAAUACAAAACCAGGCUCCAUCUGGAAUGCCAAUAAAUGGAAGGAAGACUGUAGAGAUGUCAAAUGGAGUUGUAAUUGGUCCAGACGACGACGAUGAUUUGAGCAUGGAAAUUACUGAAGCUCAGACUGGCCGCAUAAUUGGAGUCACAGGUUCAGAUGAUCCUCUUCAGUGGAAAGCAGAAAUAGUUCCUGAUCAGCAAAGAGCUGUACGUGGAUCUUCUAACAGUAAAGGUAUGGAUUCCACCCUGAGGGCUCCUCUGCAGACAAAGAUGCAAAGACAUCAGGUCAAGUGCGAUGCUGAAGAAGACCUCAGAGAAAGAACAGUGAGAUUUACUGUAGAAGACGCAUGUAUGGAUGUGACACGCAGUCACACUGUAAACAUUGACACAGGUUGUGUACUCCAAUCAAAACAAAACUUGAACUUUUUGCUUAGUUCUGGAGAGAAGACAUUGAAGUUUGAUGCAGAUGAUGCAUGUAUGGAUGUAACACGGUGUCACACUGUAAAUAUUUCCCCUACUUUUGGACCUCAAGCAGAGAAAACGCUGAGGUUCACCGCAGAGGUUGCAUGUAUGGAUGUGACAAAAAGCCACACUGUAAACAUUGCAACUGAUUUUGAACCUCAGUCACAGGAAAAUUUUAAUCCUUUGAACAGAUUCAGUGAGAAAACAGUAAAAUGCCAUGCAAAUGAUGCAUCUGUGGAUUUGAAACAAAGUCAUACAGUAAAUACUGGUGCUGAUCUCAAGCCAAAAUCCCUCAGAAAGUCAGACUUAUUACAUAGAUCUGAAGAGAAAACUAUGAGGUUCUCUGCAGAUGAUGCAGCCACGGAUAUGACCCAAUGCCUCACUGUAAAUAUAGGUGUUGGGUCUGAUAUUCCACAAGCAGAUUCAGAUAUUUUACCCACCAUGAGAAACAUGGAUUCAGCUGUGGAAAAUAAACAGCAUGUGACCAGUGCUGUUCAAAGAAACAGAUCUUCAUUAACACACAGUUUGGAUCCAGCUUUUAAAACCAUCCUAUCCAGGACAAGCGGCCCCUGGGCUAAUCCUGUUAAAGCAGCAGAUACUCCAUCCUCUGAAGGUGACACCGAAGGUUCCCUAGGCCACUUUCAAACACAGAAGGCUCAUGUGGACCCUGAAAACAAACUCUUAGGUCUUGUUUCAGAUGUCAUGGAGAAAUCAGUAAAUGAAAGUAUGAAAAAUAAUGGAACACUGAAUAAAAGUGAACACUGCCAAGAGGAUGAUGUAAGCUUGGAUAUGACAGCGGCCCAAACAGAUCAUAUUUUGGGACACACAUUCACAGAGGACCCCUCUCAGUGCUCACCCGUGAAAGAUUUACACCCCAAUGCUGAUGAUGUGACUUCACAAGACAGCAGUGAAGCACCCAGCCCUAAUGUGGAAUUCAACAACUCUCCAAAUUCUCGUGACUCAGAUGAAACCAGGAAAGACAGUGAAGAAAGAAACGAGGCAGGUGCUUUACCAAAAAAGUCUAACAGCCCUGCUGACGAGGAUGUCAAAGUACCUUCACGUAAGAGUAGGCGAAUGAGUUUAGCUGAUAUUCACUCUAAAGUAAGACGUCUGAGCCAGAUGAUAAAUUCAGCUCCUGACGAUAUUGCAGUGGAGGGCAGUACACCACAUUUGUCUCAGCUGGAGGAAAAUCUCUGUAAAAACUCAGACAAUACUAAAUCUCUGUCUGAGGUUGAGCCUGAUCUUAAAGUGGAAGAGAGAAAUAGUGAAAAUACUACACAACCUCCUACUGUCAUGCAAGAAGAACCACCAUCUACUUCAGCCACUCCCUUUAACUUGAAGACUAAACAGCUUAUGUCUAGACUGUCAGUGGGUGGCUUUAAGCCAAAACUUCCAAGGAAAAGCAAACCUGAUCCAAAGAAGGCAGACUCCAGUCUUUCUAAGGGAGAACAUACAAAAACAAUAACCAUCAAUGUUCCUAACCAUCUAAGCAGCUUUGACCAUGAUGUGAGUGAUAUUUAUGAUGAAGAGCUCGGGAGCUAUGAAGACAUGUCAGAAACACUGGACACGAGAAGUCCUCAGAAAGACGCUGAAAAACCUCAGGAGUUUAACAUUGACGUUAAAUUUAGUGAUGACGUCUGUGAAGAGGAUGUUUUAAGUGCUGGCUUUGGCAAGAAGAGACCUUUAGUAGAAGAUGAAAACAUGGAGGGUGAGAAGAGAAUGAAACAGUCCAAAGAUGCUGCAGAAACGGAAAUACAGUCUGAUGCUGUCGAGUGUGACAGUAACAUCACUGCAGCUCCAAGCAUCCAUACAAAUGAUUCCUCAACAAGUGGUCACACAGCCAGUAUGAGAUGUGAAGCUACAUUUGAGUCCACUUGGAAACAAAGUCUGUUUGAGUCCCAGCUUGAAGACUAUGCCAGUGAUAUACAAAUGAAAUUUGAUGACGGCAGUCUCACUGUGUUGGAGUUCUUUAAACUCUUCAACAUUGACUUUGUCAUCCAUAACCCACGACAGAGUGUUCUCCCUGGAAGACUUUUGUCAGACACAGAUCGUACUCCAAUGGACUUACUGAAAGACAGACAUAUCAGCCAUCCUAAGCAGUUGGUGUAUGAGGCAAAUGUGCAGAGCCUCACAGAGCAGGUGGAGGGGCUUAAAGUUCGGAUGCGAGACUUGGACAAACCUCUGAAUAUUGUUAAUAGACCUUUGUGGGAAGAGAUGGCCAAUUUUUCAGAAACAGAGCUCAAAGCUUUCGGUGCAAAACUUAAAGAGAGAAAUAACCUCUUCAGGAAGAUGAGCAAAGUUCAGUCACAUGAAAUGAAGGAGGUCCUGUACUCCGAUCUUGUGCAGGUUAAUGUGGAGGAGCAAAUUAAGUUGAGAGCAAAGAUUGAGGAAGCAGAUGUGAUGAUAAAAAGCCUGGAUGACUGUAUUCAACAAAUAGAAACAGACCUUGCUGCUGUUGAAGAUGAUGUGAAAUCUCGCCAGGAAGGACUGAAGAAAGUCACUGAGGCUUUGGCUGACAAUGACAGAAAUAUGUCUGAACUGGAGAUGCAAAAGAAGCAGAGUUUGAAUAAAGUGAACCGGCUGAAGGACGAGGCAAAGAAAUUUGAGAGCCACAUCACAAUGCUGCAUACAAUAAAUGAGUGGAAGUUAGGAGAGAAGAGGGACAACUGCACUGUCUACACUUUUCUCCACGAGACUCUACAUCUAGAGUUGGUGUUUGAAAAAUCCAAUGGAAAUGAUGCUGAAAAUGAGUCUGAGCUGAAAAUUGCAAACAUCUCUUUCAAACAUCAACUUGAUGAUGAGAAGUCACAGUUCCACGCCCGCCUUGUUCACCUACUGGUUUCUCAGUACACUGCAGGAGAAACUGGCUGGGUAAAGAAGUAUCCAACCAGUAAACAUGUUCCCCAGCUGCUCCAUGACGUCAGCCUGGUAGUGAGUCGCUGCCGUCUGCUAGGAGAGGAGCUGCACCGGCUGAAACUGUGGGGCAGUCUGAGGUUUGACAUCCUGGAUAUCAGCUGCACUGGCACAGAAGUGCACAUUGUCUUCAGCAGUCUCAAGGCAUUUUCCAAGUUUGAGGUUGUCUUCUCCGUCAGUUUGAUCAACCACGUCUGUGAGCUUCAAGUACAGAGUUUCCGAAACAUUAUUGGAUGCACAACGGUUCAACAGAUCGAGGAGAUCGUGGCAUCAUUCACUCCAGCCAACAACGUCUUGACAAAGAUUGUGAAAAACAUUCACAGCAAUCUACUCCGUUGAACUGGAAUCUGUCCAUAAUCAAACCAAUGUUUUAUAAUCAAAGUCCCAGACAGAAAUGGUUCUGUGAUAUCUGCAGUUUGCAGAUCGACCUCUAGAUGGCGAACAUGGACUGAUGUAACAGUACUUCAUUCUGCCUCCAGAGGGAUGGUGUUUCAUUUCUGAGAAGUGCAAAGAGCAUUCCUUUACCGCAAGUUAAAAGCCCAUAUCAGUCUGAUUCAUUAGAUAAACCCCCUCUUUAAGACAGAAAAAAGGCUGUACAGUAUUUUAAUACCUGUGCUGCCCUGAAAAUAUGUAAAUAUAUGUUACUUUGAUUUGUUUGUUGUAAAUCUAAGUUACUCUAAUUGUAAAUGUGGGAAAUGUGUUCUUUUGUCAUUAGAUCACAGUAUAAUGUUUUUAAAAUAAAAUGGAAUAA